CAUGUCGCGCACGACAGUCUUCGUUCCGUAACAAUCGGUAGCACACAGUAUUGUUGACACCUGUAUCUCCGACGAUAGGAUAGUUCUCAAAUUAAUGAUUCUCGACCGCGAUCCAACGUUUUAUUAAUCCCGGGCGAUAUGUCAGAAUUGUAGAAUUACAUUCACCAUUUUUCAACGAGCGUUAGCGAGACGUUUUGCGUGUAUACUUAUAUUUUCUAACCUAUAAUAGCACACACAUAUCUAUUAUAUUUGUCAUAAGUAGUCAUAACGUGUGGCUUCGUGUGAGUGCGAAUGAUUAAUAACAAUAACAACUGAAGGAUCGUGAGUUCAAUCUUCGUCCGCAUACCCUUCGUUUAAUAGCUCGUCUAAAAUAGCCGUAAAAUCAACAGCUUACCGCUUACGUCUUACUGCAUACUGUUGCGGCUAUUAUAGACGAGCCAUAUGAAGAGGUUUCCCUGUUCAAGGGAAAGAGAAACAAAUUAAGAGGAUUCCCCUGUUUAAAAGGAGCAAAAAAGGAUAACAAGCAUUAGGACUAGGAGAUGUCUUCGCAUACGACGGAGUUGACCGAGCAAUUGGUUAAAGACUACGCCAAUUACGCAAAAGUGGACUGGAGCAAUCAGAUGAAAAAUGUCCACGAUGUCAUAGAGGAUACAUUGAUACGACUAGAGGAAUUCCAAUCGAUUGUUGCAAUGGUGGAGAAUAGCAGUGCCGAAUGCAUGCAGCAACAUCUUCCAAAGUUACAGCACAUGAAGGACGGUAUGGCAAUUCUUCGCAAAAGAAUAGAUGCGUUGGAGCAUGUUGUCGCAAUGGCCAACAUGAAUUUAAGCACCCUGGAAGCUGCUGUAGACAAGGCUGAAGCUGACCUAGGUGUAUCGGAUAGAUUAUUCGGGAUAUUAAAUCCUUUAUCAUUUUUUAAGAAAACUCAGGAACCUGUCGCAUCAAGUGCAGUGCCAAUAUAUAAAUCGCCCAUAAUUUAUAGGUCUGAUGACUAUUUUCAAAGAGAAUAAAAAACGUAUGCAUAAAAAAAAUGCUUAAGUUAUGAAGUACCUGUUAUUAGAUUAAGAAAAGUAUUUGUAACUUUGUAUAGAAUCAGUAAUAUCUAUGCCAAAAGAAAAUGAAAUUGAUUGAAGAACAUUAAAUAAAUCUAUAACAGAUUUUUAUUCCAUUA